AUGCAUUCACAUGACAACCGCAUUGUUAAGUUUACGCAGGAAUUUACCAAGAACAAAGAAUUGAUAGAGCUCUGUGAUGAAAAUAAAUUGCUAUUGCAAUUUGCUCGUCUUAACAUCAUUAGUCCAGAACGCAUUAUUUUGUUGCUUGCAAUAAGGCCUUUGCACGAAACUUGCCAGGACAUAUCGGAUGUCUUAAAUAACAUGAACGAAACCUUUCCGCAAAAUCAAUCAAUGCCUCAGGGGAAUCUCUAUAUGAAGCUUUAUAAAGGUUUGAAUUAUUUUAACAAAGAAAUUUGUCGAGCAGAUAAAAGGAUUCAAGAAAAUCAUCUGCUGAACUAUCAAGAUUGCUGGCCUGAACUUCCCAACUAUCUCAUUGAGUGUGAAGGACCCCCCGAUUGGUUUGAAAAAUCAAACAAAGAUGUUGUUUGUCAGUAUUUCCAUGACAUUGUAAACUGUUAUUAUAUCAAGGCCGCCAUGAUGUGUGGUCCCAAACCUGCUCUACAACUUAGGACAUUUUCUUCGGCAGUGAUGAAAGAAGUUGUUGGGUUCAAUUGUAAAAUUUCAAGAUUGUCACCUCAAAUGGAUAGUCAUAUGGCCAAUGGUUAUUUUUCUCCAAAAAGAAAUCCAUUUUAUUUAAUACUUUUGAUGUUGUCAUUGGUUUUUUAUUUCAUAUAUUUCAAUGUUUAAUACACAUAUCAAUAACAAGUUUCUGUAAAUCUUUA